GUGACACUUUAGUGGUUACACCUUGGAAACAGCAAGGAAACUUUUCAUGUGGAGUUGGUGUCAAGAAAGCAAGACAAACUUCUGAGAUUACCAAGUCAUUACAAUCUUCUCGCUAAUGGAUGAAAUCCUCUCUCUACACCCUGUGUUACUGAAAUAUGGCUGAGGAUGGCUGAGGAUAAAAUCCAAUCACCUGAAGAGCAACUAGGCAUUGGUGACGAUACGUCUACAGCCACAGAUGAUCGUCAAGCUACGUCGAUUUCCGUCGAGGAGAAACUGGACGUCGAAAGCAUCAUUUCAUCAGAUGUGGCUGAAGAUAAAAUUCCACAACCUGAUGAAAAACUAGGAACUGGUGACAGUACGUCUACAGCAACCAAGGACGCUCAAGUUACGACAGCGGUUAAGGAAAAAAAGGAUGUUCAUGAAAAAAGCUCAUCAGCAACUGACGAUCCUCAUCUAGCAUCAGUUUUCGAGGAAGAGAAACUGAACAUAAACAAAAAUACUUCAACUGCCUUGGAGGAUCCUCAAGUUGAAUCGAUAUCAGUUGAUGAUCAAGUUACCUCUAUUUCUGUUGAGAAGAAACUGGACGUCCAAAACAGCAUAUCAUCAGCCUUUGAAGAUCAUCAAGUUGCAUCCGUUUUAGACGAGAAGAAACUGACCAUUCAUGAAAACACUUCAUCAGGUGAAGGAAAACAAGAAAUUGGUGACAAUGCUUCUCGAGCCACAGUAGAAGCUCAUGUCACAUCGAUAUCAGCGGAGGACAAACUCGACGUUCAGAAGAACACCUCACCAGCCUCAGUCAAAGCCGACCUUCAACAGUGCCAAGUUGACGUCGUUAUUAUCACUGGUGGUCUAACUCCCAUCCUACAGUUGUUAGACAAAUGCCUAAACAAGCCGACAAUGAGGACAAACAACUAG